UCCGAGGGGCGGGGCUUCUCCUACUUUGAAUGUCGGAGUCUAAAUAAGCGGCUGCGCGCGGCUCCUCCUCAUUCUUCAGUCGUACUCGAAGAGAAGAGCGAUGCCUGAGCCAGCAAAGUCCGCCCCGAAGAAGGGAUCCAAGAAAGCCGUGACCAAGACGGCCGGCAAAGGAGGCAAGAAGCGCAGAAAGACCAGGAAGGAGAGCUACGCUAUCUACGUGUACAAGGUGCUGAAGCAGGUCCACCCCGACACCGGUAUCUCCUCCAAGGCGAUGGGCAUCAUGAACUCGUUCGUCAACGACAUCUUCGAGCGCAUCGCCGGUGAGUCGUCCCGUUUGGCUCAUUACAACAAGCGCUCCACCAUCACUUCCAGGGAGAUCCAGACCGCCGUGCGUCUGCUUCUUCCCGGCGAGUUGGCCAAGCACGCCGUGUCCGAGGGCACCAAGGCCGUCACCAAGUACACCAGCUCUAAGUAGAAAGUAGAGAAGACUUUCUCAACCCCAACGGCUCUUUUAAGAGCCACCCACGGUUUCAUAUAAAGAGCCUUUUUUUGUGUUUAUGUAAAGCAAGAUAAUCGUUCGACGAAAGUUCUGCAGCUUUCUGAUGUGUUCGUGUUCCCGUGCAUUUGUUUGAAAUUGUCUGCUUGUAGUUACUCUGAGUAAUGCUGCGUCACUAAUAUAACUUGUACGCAUCCAUAUUUACGUACGUGCACAUGUUUGAAAUAUAAAAAUACAUCCUAAUAAGUUCUGCUGCUAGUUUUUAAGGCUGUAAGCUGCCUAAAUCUUUUAAUCUCUUAAUCUCUUAAUAUUCCAGUAAGUGAUCUAAAAUUGGGGUGUUAGGAGAAACCGUGCAAAUC